AUGUCUGAAGAAGCAAAAGAAGCCGAGAAAAGCGAUGAUGCAGUUCAGAUUCAACAUGAACAGAUAGUCGUACCGGAGUAUUCAGUUGAAACUGAGAUCGGGGAGCAGCCACAGUCAGACCUGUCACUUACCGAACAAAUUAACGAAACACCUUCAUCAUCGUCUACAUCGGCUCGUCCCAAACGAAAUGCACGAAAAUCUGUGCUGUAUAACAAUGAAGACUACGAGUUGCAACUUCCCGGUGUCCAGAAAGAAGAAGAAGGCGUUAUGUCUCUUGAAUCCGCGACUGCGUCGGCAACUCCAUCUCAGAAAAAUGUCGUUAAAAGAGCUCGAGAAGAAGGUGUAGCUAGAGGAUCCAAGAAAAGAAAGACACAUCCACGCGUAGAAGAGAACAAUGAACUAUCGUCUCAAGCAUCCGAGCAGCUUGAUUCUGGUCUUGAAUCUGUACAACAUAUAUAUGAUGAUAGCACAAUUCAAGAGCUUGGAACAGAGGCUGAAAUACCGUAUUGUGGCGCUGUUGAUGACGACGGACCACCGAUUCUCAAUGUGUCGUCCAGCUACAACGAUAGCCGAGUUCACAUAGCUGGUGAUGAAAGAGAUGACAUGGGAUCAUUUGGUGAUGAAGAUGAAGAUGACUUUUUGGAUGGGCAACCGCCUGAUUUAGAGCUUAAUUUGUUAGAUUUAUCACCAAAUAGACGUCGAGGCCGUCCUCGGAAAGACCUGGGUGGCGAAGACGAAACCAUGGAAGGAUCGAAAUCUUCUGGAACAGACGCGGAGAAGAAAGAAAAGAAGAUCCCAGGUGUGAAACAACAAAUGCCACCGAAAUCAUUUAGAAUGCAAGGAGAACGAGUUGUCAGUAGGGCACUUGCAGAAAGACACUUUCAUGUCAAGCUGUUCGAAGAUGAAGUGGAAAUCACAGAGAACGGAGAUUGCUAUGCUACGGUAAUCUCUGGAUGUCUCGCAUAUUUGCUUCGUAAAGAGAGAAUCAUUGAGUUGCUGACUAACGAGGCAGAGAUCAAUAUGAUUCGAGAAGGAGGUUGGCUACUCGAAAAACCACCUCGUCUCCCGCCACUUGUUCAACACAAGGCCUGCUAUGCAUUCUAUAUCGAUGGUUCUAAAUUAACAUCAAUCAAGGAUGUUUCGAAUGACGACCUGAAACCGUGGAGUUCAUCAGGAGAGCAAUACGGAGACCCAGUCAUCAAACCAAAUGUUCGACGUCAUCCAGUCGGCCGACUCGACGGACGUCUUCAGCCAAUCAAAACUGAUCCGCGACUUGCCGAACUGCAUUUAACGGAAUAUAGCGCAUGGCUUCCCAGAUUAUUGAGAUUGAGAAAAAAGGUAAAAGGCUAUAAUGUGUAUUUUCCUCGACCGGUCGCAUUUCAGAUUUUCUAUCUCUCUCGGGACGGUCAAAUCUACGGAAAUGUAUUGAUCCUCUACGACUACACUUGUCCGGGAGAGGUGCCAGUCGUUGUGAAUCUUCCACACGGAAACGACUAUCUGAGAAGUGCAAUGAUCGAGGCUUCCGAUCCUCACAAUGCUAUGGAUAUUGAUGAUUCCCCUGGAAGCACCCCGGUAGGAAUAGUUCAGUUCUGUGAAUCAGCCAUCAUCGUUUUUUUUCAGUUCGAGGACGAACUUGUGAAUGGUCCUCGCGGAGGUAUUUUCCUGCGUGUGAAACCGAGCAAACUUGGAUGGGCUCAGAAUAAGAAGCUACUACUACGAUACCUUGUCAACGAACCAGCUCUUCUCGAUCAUUCAAACUGCCUUAAUCGCCGCACACCCUAUAUCCCUCCUCUUAUUCAGUCUAUUGGUGUUUUUGUUUAUUUCGUGCCUUCAAGUUUCGUCGCAAAUCAGAUUCAUCAUACUGGAGAUGGACUUUCACCAUGGACUGUGAAUCUUCAAUCAAGCGGUGAAGCACCAUCGCCUCGUGUACGCUCGACUCGUAAGCCAUUGACUCAGGAUGAAAGUGGACAGUAUGUUAUCAUAAGGGAUAAUACUGGAUGGCAGCAAACUCAGUUGUGUCUUGUUGAAACAAUGUCAGUGCUAGCGAGAUGUCCCAGACUCCGAAAAAGGGUCAUCUAUGUUCAACGCAAUAACGCAAUAAUCGUUGGAAACGUCUGCUACAUCUAUGAGUAUGUUCGAGAAGGACCUUUGCCAGGUCCUUAUUGCAAACCAGCACCAUCAACUGGAACUCCUUCUAAAAAUCAGCACAUGGAUCAGUGGACAGAAGAGAAGAAACCACUCGCAGGAGCUGGUCCAUCAACAUCAUCUGGCGUUCCAAACAACGAUGUCAUCGAAGAUGAUCAGUUCAUUGAUGUCGAGGAUAUCGAAGUUGUCGAAGAAGAAGUCAUCGGGCAUGACACUCUUAACGAUGAAGACGAAGAUGUUCAUCAUCAGCAAGGGAUGAUGCAGCAGAUGCCGGUUCUGAACACAAGCCAAGUUAUGGAAGAAGAAAUUCCGGAUUUACCACAGGAAGAUGUUUUGAAUGAUGGCUAUGAUUUGGAAUUCGAUGACGAUCCGCUGACACAACAAGAAAAUCCAGCACCGUACUACGAGACUCCGCGUCAAUUGGAAACUGGACAUAUAUAUUUGACAGUUCGUCACAAAAGAAUAGCUAGCACAUUCGAGGCAGUUUUAGAGUGGAUCGCUAACACCAACGUUGUAGAAGAACGCGGUUUGCUUAAUUACGCUAAACCCGGACAUCCUCCAAUAGUUCGAAAUGCGCGUGCAUACGCUUUCUUCGUCGCCGGAACCGCCAUUUUCCCGCAUGACAUCAAUCGAGAUGACUUUUCGCCAUGGUCACAUAAUGGAAACGCUCAAAACCCUACUUGUUAUCGUACAAAAGUUCGAAAAACUGGAGUGGUUUGUGACGAUGCUGAAUCACAAUUCCGGAUAAAAGAUGUCGACUACAAGACUUGUCCAUUUCAUUUGGUCUUCCUCUACUCUAUCAACCCUCGCGAACCGCGUCUUCGAAAGAAGAUCUAUUACAUGAUGGAGACAGAGUCAAGAUUGGUAGUCAGUCAUGCUCUUAUCAUGUACGACUACAAUAUGGAAGGAGACCUUCCUAGAAUGCAUGGAGGAUAUCUGAAAAGAUUUGCAAAGAGACCUGGAAAGAAGCCGCCAAUGCAAAUUCAUGAUAUUGACAAUGAUGUGUCAGACAUGUCAGAGUCUGAAAAGGAGUGUCCUUUCAUUGUUCCUCCACAAAUGUGCGAAGACGGAUCAAUGUAUCUUCAGCUACACGAUAUGGAUUUCUGGAAUGAUAGAAACCGUCAACUGCAUUUCCUGGUCAACAAGCCAGCAUUGAUUGAUUCGCUCAAUUGUCUCAAUACCCGUGUUCCAAGCUGCCCACCUACCACGACAAGUAAAGCGGCGUUCGUAUUUUUCGUUGAUGGAUUUGAAGUUGAUGCGCGCAAUUUGACAUGUGAUAAUCUGGUGCCAUGGUCAGAGAACACUAGUUCCAAUCCAAACGGAAUUACAAAGCGUCCGAAAUCUUCGAAAUGUCCUCUAGCUCUUAACAGAGAAGGUCAGCUCCGUGUCUGGAAAACCCCAGCAAAUCGGGGUGAUCAUGUUGAGUACCAGCUGCACGUCUACACAGCCACUCUACCACGUUGUCCACGCCUUCGCAAAAAGGUGACGUAUGUUUUGAAGAAUGGCCAUCAAGUCGGAAACGCCAUGAUUAUCUAUUGGUAUACUGAAUCUGGAGAGAUGCCAACACCGAUCAAUAUGAAUCAUGGCAACGGUGCGGAAUAUACUCUUCAACGUCUUCCACCCCAUAUCCGCGAAGACGUUCUCCGUUAUCUGAGCAGAAUGACUCCACCAGAAGUGGCGAAGAUGAUACUGGACAAAUACGGAAUUCAAGUGAACACUAAAAUGCUCUACUAUAUGCGACGUCGCGAAAUUAUUUCGGCAACAGGAGAUUCGAUGCGCGCUUCUGAGCUUCACGUUCAGGAUGAACUGAAAAAUGGUAUGAUUGAGCCAUCUGGAUAUAUCGAUGAUUGGGCCGCUAAUAUCGAUCCAUCAGCACCGUCUACAUCGGCAGAGGGUAGUAAACCGAAAUUGCUGCACGACGAAGUCCUUGAUGAAGGAGAUAUUCAAGUAGCACGUACCGAAGAAAUUGAGGAACCGUCGCACUCACAAGUGAGAAAAUCUAUGGAUGGCUCAGUACAUCAUCACUCUCAUCAUCACCAUCCCAUGUCUCAUCAGCAUACACAUCAUUUGAAUGACUCUAAAAACUUCAUGCGACCAAUGCAACCAACACCCGGAAUGGUUCGUGGUUCCAGCAGAAACGAGGCAAUAUGGCGAAUCGCCAAGAAUUCAUUCGGUACUGCAGCAGACAACGACACAUUCGAUUUGCUGUUCAAGAUGCUUUUCGAUAAAAACGAGCAAAGACUUCUUCAAAUUGUCAACCAAACGUUUGGAGUGGAAAUAUUGGCAGGCGAGGAAGUAAUGGACAACGGAGAGAUGAUGCAUAUGGGGAACGAAGGAGAUAUUGUUGAAGAGAUAGUUGAAGAAGAGAUAGUCCAGGUUGCAGACGAAGUUCCUGGAAAUGUGCCUCUUCAAGAGGAGAAAGUGUAUCUGGACGACAAAGAACUUUCUGGUGAGACUCGGCGAAUUCUAAGAUUUUUUGAAACUAAUCAAUUUGUUUCAGGCGGAAUGGAACAAGUGAUUGUGGAGGAACAAGUAAACGACCAAAUGAUAAGUGAUGCUCUCGUUGGAGGCGUCAUAAUCGAUGAAGAGGUCGAUCCAAGUGCAGUCAUCAUUGGAGACCCUCAUAUCGAUCCAUAA